GUGAAAGGCAGCUACGGCAAGCGAACGCGGUCAGAAACAGCGGCGCUGAGUAAACACCAGCAGGAGUUCAUCAUAACUGAACUGUGUCUGAGCAAAUAGUACGACAAUUGACCCAUCAAUUUUGUUUCAUAGCUGUGUAAUGAGAUUUCAGGGAGGACAUCUGAGAUUAUGGGGCUGGCUCCUGCUCUGGUCCAGCUGCAUUUUGUCUGUUUGGGCGCAUGGUGGACAACAUGGAGAACCAGCUGGAUCAAACCAAGUGCACCCACCAAUCACCCGACUGGACAGGAACAUGGUUCAGGAUAAAGAUCACAUCAUGGAGCACUUAGAAGGAGUGAUUGAAAAACCAGAGUCUGACAUGUCACCUCAUGAACUGCAGCUUCACUACUUUAAGAUGCACGACUAUGAUGGCAACAAUCUGCUGGACGGACUUGAGCUAGCUACUGCCAUUACACAUGUGCAUAAGGAGGAAAGAGGAGAUGAUGGCCAGCCAAUGAAGGAAGAGGAUCUCAUCAACCUUAUUGAUGAUGUCCUCAGGGAUGAUGACAAAAACAAUGAUGGCUACAUUGACUAUGCAGAGUUCGCAAGGUCUUUGGAAUAAAUGAAGAAGGAAUGCACUGCCACACUGUGAAUGCAGAAUACCUCUGAUGUACAGAUCCACCUCGCAUCCAUCCGUGUGUGUGACAUUUCACAGGAGCAGUAUAUUCAUGUUCCGUUAAUGACCAGUAUAAAAUGUGUAGAAUUAAAUGGUGAGGGUCAUUUGGCAUGAGAUGUGUGGGUUUUAGCAAUCAGUACAAUAUUUAUAGUGUUGCACCCACCCAUCUGUACAUCUCUUGUUAGAAUGUGAUGCAUAAACUGCCAAAUUAAUCCACUGUAAACAACCGUAUAUGAUGUUGUUACUUUUGUUACUGAAUAAAUUCUUUUUGCAGUGAAGGCAAAUGGCUAUAAAAAAGCGGGAGAUGAUUGACAGCUUGCUUUUUCUGAAAAUCAGUUUUACUGGGAUUAGAAAAUUGACUUCAAUUUAAAAUAAAAUGGGAUUUUUGUCAAAGGUUUAAACCCACGUCACUUUCAAAAGAGCUGUUAAACAGGAAGAUAUCAUUCACUUUCAGUGUAUGGAAAAAGAAACAGCAUCAACACUGUUUAAAACUUCCCUUGUUUUGAGUAGAAAAUGGGAUUUAACAAACGUGAUGAUAGAAUAAGAUGCUUGAUAAGAGCACUGCACAUGGGCAGUUUAUAAGAUCUACCAGUUUUAAAAAUAACUGCCCAGUGCCUGUUUUUACUGUCAGUCCAAAGCACAUUAAAAAAUGUU